ACAAUAAUUGCAAAUUGUUGAGAUCAUAUUAUAUAUUAUGGUCAAAGGUUUUCCGAAUCCCAAGUUGAUUUUUGUAAUUCAGUAUUAUCAUUGAAAAUGUCUAUUAAUUAAUUACUAUAAUCCGGUUUCAUAAAUCCAAGCAAAAAUAAAUAAAACGUGGGGAACUAAUUUGAAAAGAAAAUAAAAAGAAAUAAUGAAUAAUAUUAAAAAAGUAACUGCCUUUUUUUUUCCUCCAAACAAACUCUUAACGACUGCCGAAGUCGACUAGCAUUCAAACCAAAAAUCUUCCGUUUUUCAUCGCGAAUCCCAUUGAUUCGUAACCACACACGCAAAAUUGGAUCAAAUUCGCCAAUGGAGAGCAGCUUGCCGCUCACUACGGCGUCGUAUUCGAAAUCGGAGAGACGAUCGAAAUCCAAGAAUGUGCAGACCUCAAAGUCUUCUGUUGUGCUUGCUUUUCUUUCUUGCCUUGCCUGGCUUUACGUUGCUGGCCGUUUGUGGCAAGACGCAGAGAGCAGAAAGCUGCUGGAAAAUUUGAUGAAGAAGAAUUCUGAUCAGCGACCUAAGGUGCUCACAGUGGAAGACAAACUAAUGGUCUAUGGAUGCAAGGACUUGGAGCGAAAAAUUGUUGAAGCAGAGAUGGAACUGACAUUAGCUAAGAGUCAAGGCUAUCUUAAGAACCAAGUGCAGCCUUCUUCUGAUAAAAAACUGCUUGCUGUAAUCGUUAUAUAUACUAGUUUUGGGGGUCGGUUGCGACGCAAUGUCAUCAGGGGGUCCUGGUUGUCAGAAGCUGACGCAUUAGCAAAGCUUGAAGAAAAAGGGAUUGUCAUAAGAUUUGUCAUUGGGCGCAGUCCUAACCGAGGUGAUACCUUGGACCGCAAUAUUGAUGAGGAAAAUCGAACAAAGAAGGAUUUCUUGAUUCUCGAUAAUCAUGAGGAGGCUGAUGAGGAAUUGCCCAAGAAAGCAAAAUUUUUCUUUAGCGCAGCAGUGCAGAUGUGGGAUGCAGAGUUUUACAUUAAAGUUGAUGACAAUGUUGAUCUGCAACUUGAUGAUUUGAUUCAACUUAUACAAAGCCGCCAUGGUCAGGAUAGUGCUUAUAUUGGUUGCAUGAAGUCUGGGGAAGUAGUAGCUGAAGAGGGAAUGCAAUGGUAUGAGCCUGAAUGGUGGAAAUUUGGUGAUCAGAAAUCGUAUUUCCGUCAUGCAGCUGGUUCUAUCUUCAUACUCUCAAAAAAUUUAGCUAAGUACAUACAUAUCAAUAGUGCAUCCUUGAAGGUUUAUGCUCACGAGGAUGUAUCCGUGGGGUCAUGGAUGAUGGGUCUUUGCGCAACCUAUAUAGAUGACAGCCGUAUGUGCUGUAGUUACUCAAGCCAAGACAAGAUCUGCUCGUUGGCUUGACGUUACAGUGAGACGAGCCUUUGCAGCAGCGCUACAGUUGGGAUACAUUUUGUGCAGAGAAACAGAGGAACUCAUGGAUCUUUAGUUAGUACCAUUCUUAUUUUUUGUUAGCUGCCAAGAAUGUCGGUUUUUAUACCUCAAAAACUCGUAACUGCAUAGAAAGAUAUAUCUGAAUUAGGUGGAUUGCUCUGGGAAAAUUGCUCACCCAGAAGCAUGUUCAGUAUAGAACUAUAGAUACAUACAAUACAUACAUAUUUGUCACAAAAGAGGCUGGCACACACAGUUUUCCAAAAGAUAUAUAUAUUCCUUUUGUUUCUUAA